ACUAAUUGAAACCGCUAAAACCGUUAUAAAAAAAAUGAAAAAAAAAUAAAUAAAAAAAUGGAAACCACUUAAAACCUUAGACUUACAAUGGAGAACUAAUUGAAAACACUGAAACCCUAAACUUACUACUCAUAAGACCGUGAGGCCCAAUUCCAGCUGCAAUGGCCCAAUCCAAAUAUAAAUAUGUUUCCAUUCGUUUUAAGAAAACUCAUCUAGGGUUUAUUUGAUCUGCCAUUCAGGGUUUCCGCAGCAGCCGCUUAGAGAGGGAAAGAGAAACAGUAGCAGAGAAGCGCGAAGAGAAAUCAACAGCAGCCAUGGCGGCACCCACGGCAAAGGAAUCCGUUCAGUGCUUCGGCCGGAAGAAAACCGCAGUAGCGGUCACUCACUGCAAGCGCGGCCGUGGUCUGAUCAAAAUCAACGGUAAACCGAUCGAGCUUGUGGAGCCGGAGAUCCUCCGCUACAAGGCUUUCGAGCCGAUCCUUCUCCUCGGCCGCCACCGCUUCGCCGGAGUGGACAUGCGCAUCCGCGUGAAAGGUGGCGGUCACACCUCGCAGAUCUACGCCAUCCGUCAGUCCAUUGCGAAGGCCCUCGUCGCGUUCUACCAGAAGUACGUCGACGAGCAGUCGAAGAAGGAGAUCAAGGACAUCCUCGGUAGGUACGACAGGACGCUCCUCGUCGCCGAUCCCAGGCGCUGCGAGCCGAAGAAAUUCGGCGGUCGUGGCGCUCGUGCUAGGUUCCAGAAAUCUUACCGUUAAAAUCCUGGUAGUAGCUAUUGCUUUCUAAUCGUUGUUUUCCCUAGUAUGUUUCUGGACUAAAUUGAAGUUUAUUUUCAGCGUUUUAUUUUGUUAUGUAUCACAGAGUAUUGAGACACAUCAAUGAAUAGGCCUUUGCAUUUUCGGCUAUAA